CUUUGAAGUAAAAUGGAGAGCUAAUUUGCUAGUCAUAAUUAAAAAUUAAUUUUAGUUUCGAUGUUUCUAGUUGAUUAUAAAAUUUUCUAAAUUAAAAAUUAUAUUGAAAUUUUUAAUUGCUAUAUUACGAUUUUUCAGUAAAAUGAUCGAAAUUUUGAGUAGGAUAGAAAUGGAUCAAACCAUUGCACGAAGGUUAUUAUUCGAAGGUGCUACAUUAGUUGUACUUGAUGUACCUGUGGAUACAGAAUUUGGAAUAGAUUUAAAGUCUUGGAAUGUUGGAAAUAAGUUUAAAGGUAUUAAAAUGAUACCUCCAGGAUUUCAUUAUGUGCAUUAUAGCGCAGUAAAUAAAUUUGGCGAAACAUCACCUAAAAUAGGUUUUCUUCAUGUAUUUGAAAAAGCUGAAUUUAUGGUAAAACGAUGGGAUCAGUCAAAGGAAGAAAUCAGUUCAGAACCUGUUCCUGAAAAUUUGGUUCAAAGUCUCAAAGAAAACUUAAAAGAUUUAGAUAAAUUUCUUGGUCCUUAUCCUUAUAAUAUUUGGAAAGGAUGGAAUGAAUUGACUGAUAAAAUUGAUUAUCUUUUAAUAGAACGUUGUGCACCUGUUUGUGGUUUUGUACAUUCGGCUUUAGAAUUGGAACCAUGUAGCGAUGCUUUAAGACCACGUGGAGGAGAUCUUAUACAAAGAAAAAAAACAGACAAAACUAGAUUUACAGUUGAAGAAAAAGAAGAACAACUGUUACCUGACUUAAAACCAAUACCUGGCACAGAACUGAGAUUAUCACAAUUGCCUGAGAAACAUUAUCCUGAUGGGGCAACUCCGACAGAGAUCACAAAACAUUCUCUUGAUUCCAGUUAUGUUUUGGACAUUGUGCUUAAUAAAUUGAAACAACCUAUAGAAAUAAUUGGAGAAAUACAACUUGCUUUUGUUUGUCUUUUGGUUGGCCAAAAUUUGGACGCCUUUGAGCAUUGGAAAAAACUUAUAUCAUUGAUUUGUGGAGUAGAUUCAGCAAUAUCAUCUCAUCGCUAUAUUUAUAUGGAAUUCUUGAAAGUUAUAGAAGUUCAAUUAUCGUACAUUCCAGAAGAUAUAUUAUGGGAUAUUGUCACUAGCAACAAUUUUGUUUAUCAAAGCUUACGUAAGCUUUUUGCAAACAUUGAGCUUAAUUCUGACAUUGAUGGUAGUUUAAAGUGUAACGCAGUACGAGUUCGUGAUCGAUUAACUAAAAAGUUUAGGUGGGACUUUACAAAUUUACAAUGUGAUAACGAAGAUGAGGCACCAGUUGUUGUUUCUCUAGAAUAAGCAUUAUAACGUAUUGUUCAUAAAAAUGAAUAUAAUGAAAAGAAGAAAAAAUUGUAAAAUAUAAAUUAAAUUCUUUUACAGUA